AUGGCUUUCAACUUCGGUGCGUCCAACCCCGCUGGGGGAAGCGCCUCUGCGGAGCUUGGAUCAGAGCUUCCCGAUGUCUUUACCGAUGAAGUCGGGUUCAAAGGUGUUUCCGGGGACGCCAAUAUUCGCUUCCUCCCAACGGCAUGGCCCGACAACGCGCUUCCUGCUCCUACUUCCUCACUUCUGGCUGUCGCACACACCAAAGGCCUCGUUGUUGGCGCUGGCCCAGAUGCGCUGGUAAUCAGCACCACUGAUGUCGUCAGAAAGUCCAUCGAGGCGCCAGCUGGAGAAGAUAUGGAGAAAACGAAGCCCUUCCAACCUAUCGCCACAAUUCCCCUUCCUUCUCGUCCCACCCAUGUGGCAUUCACACCGGGCGACGACGGGUUGAUUCUCGCCACGGAGAAUGGCCCCGCAAUCUCAGUUUUCGAUACAAACGCCCUCACACAAGGAAAUGCGCAACCAGCCAUUUCAAUUCCUACGAAUGGCGUGUCGCUACGAGCACUGGCACCAAACCCUGACCCUUCCUCGACACUCGUCGCGCUGGUCACUAUGAACGGAGAGCUUCUUAUCGCCGAUCUCAAGGCUGGGAGCCUACUUCCUGGACCUAAUGGCCCGGUUCUCAAGGAUGGUGUCAGCUGUGCCUCAUGGAGCAACAAAGGAAAGCAGCUUGUUGCUGGAUUGGCCGAUGGCACUGGAUACCAGAUGACCCCAGAUGGAACGAAAAAGGCUGAAGUUCCUCGGCCAUCUGAUUUGGAGGGAGAUUGCCACAUUUCAUCAAUCGCAUGGCUCGAAAACGAUGUUUUCUUUGUGACAUACACACCAAAUAUUUCGGAGGAUGAUAUGGGAAUGAACCCAGCUUCUUCAUACUACAUCAUAACCCGUCGCAAGCAGGCACCGUUCCUUAUCCAGAAAUUGCCAGAAGUCUGCUCUACUAUGGGCUUCAUGCUGAAGCGUGGUCCCGCAUACCAAUUUAUCACCAGGAUUAGAGAGUACAAGCCUCACUUGAGAGAUGUCUUGAUCGUCGCGUCAACUGCGUCGACUGACCUCGGACUCAUCACGCGAUCUGAUCAACCUCUCGCCAAUGAUGACCGAACAAAAUCUCAUGUCGGUCAGUUCAUGACUACGGAAGUAAGCGACGACACCAAACGUGCCAGUGUCCCGUUGAAGGAAUCUGGAGAUGAGACAUCGGUCAUUGGUCUGGCACAAAACCUGUCAGCCACGGAAAAUGUCGUUGCGCCGCUUCCGGGUUCCGAUAUCUUGGAGAGCUCGACGCCUCUUCCUGGGGUUCUUCUUUUGAAUAAUGAUGGUAUCCUUUCGUCUUGGUGGUUCGUUUACGCUGAUUCCAUUCGCCAAAACAUCCCGUAUUCGGGCUUGAUUUCGUCUGGUCAGGCAACCCAAGCUCCCUCUCAGCCACAGGCUGUAGCUCCAACCCCGGCCCCGGCCCCUGCACAGCAACCUGCGUUUGGCCAGUCAUCGUUUGGAGCUCCAUCGCCAUUUGGACAACCAGCUUUCGGAAAGCCGGCGGGAGCUCCAGCCUUUGGUAGCCCAUCAGCCAUGGGAGCUUCAACUAUGGGCGCGACUGCCUUUGGGAAACAAAGUGCUCCAGCAUUUGGCAGUCCGUCCCGGCUUGGUGGAAGCCCUUCCCCGGCCUUUGGAAAGACAUCGUCCCCUGCCCCUGCUCCCGCUUUUGGGACCCCCUCUCAGCCUGGCGCGUCAUUCGGCACUCCCAGUACCCCUGGACAGCCACAGUUCGGGAAGUCUGGAUUCGGAACUAUGGGAUCUGGAUUUGGGCAGUCUAGCUCCCCGGCAAACCCAUUCGGGGCCAAAGCUGUAGCAUCCGGGGGUGGUUUCAGCUCCUUCUCUGGUGGAGGCGGCUUCAGUGGCUUUGCAACAGCGAAGCCGAGCGAGUCACCAUUCGCAGCGAAGCAGUCAGGGGGGUCACCAUUUGCAGCAAAGCAGCCAGGCGAGUCACCGUUCGCGGCAACACAAUCAAAAGGGUCGCCAUUCGGAAACGCCUCUGCUGGUGAAAGUGCUUUCGCCAAGAGCUCUGCCUCGCCCUUUGGAGCCAAGCCUCAAGCCCCAACCUCGUUCCCACCUCCAGCGUCCAGUGCGGUCAAGAAUCCCUUUGGUGCCGCGCAAGGUGGCUUUGAACUCAAGUCUACCUUCAAGGGUGAUGGUUCGGCUGCCAACGACUUGCCAAAAGCAGACAAACCUUCUCCCGGAGCGUUCUCAUUUGGCGGGUCCUUUGACGAGAUGGUUUCAACUUCCCGCAAGGGAAGCUCUUCGCCGAGUGAAUCGAUGGAUGACACUGAAGAUAUCGAGCCUGUGAAUAAGGAGACAUUUUCAAUUUUCGGCGGGGCAAGAAAGCCUGCUUCAGAGACUCCCACAUCAAUGUUCAGUUCAAAGACGCAGUUUUCAAAGACAACUACUCCAGCCGAGAACACCAAGUCAGCAUUCUCGAUGUUUGGCACUACUGCUGACCAAAACCGUGUGACCAGCCCAUUGUCAGCACUGUCUGAUAAGACAGAGACACCCAAGAAGAAUUGGCCUAGCACAUCAAGCAUCGAUGUGGAGGCACCAUUGCCACCAGAUCCUAUUACCCGGGCUAGUUAUGCGGCUGGAGAUACUUCUGCUUCUUCCUCGAAGUGCUCCGCCGAGGAUGCCCCGCUUCCUCCCGAUUUCACAAAGGCAAAGAAGCCUUCACCAAAACCUGAAGAUGACGCCCCUCUACCGCCUGAUUUCCUUUCGAAGAAGAAGUCUGCACCCACGACGGACGACGCUCCUCUCCCUCCCGACUUCCUCACUAAAAAGCCUGCUCCGAAGACGGAAGACGCUCCUCUCCCUCCCGACUUCCUCACUAAAAAGCUUGCUCCGAAGACAGAAGACGCUCCUCUUCCCCCUGACUUCCUCACUCAGAAGAAGUCUGUACCCAAGGCUGAUGACGCUCCCCUUCCUCCAGACUUCCUAACCAAGCCCAAAAAGUCCGAGGCUGCGGUUAUCCCAGAGGACGCACCUCUGCCACCUGACUUUACCGCAAAGCCAAAGACCAAACCUUUCGAGGAGGCAAUUCCAAUCCCUGAUGAAUCUGAUGAAUCUGGUAUCUCCGAUGGAGACUCUGAGGCCGCAGAUGAGUCAGACUUCAGUGAUAGCGGCGAAGAAAUAACGCACGACGAAGCAUUCAUCGCUAAAUCUAAGCAAUCGGCUCAGAGCUCGUUUGGUGCUGUUUCUGCUGUUUCCGAGCAAAGCUCCACCGGAGGUUUCUUCAGCAGCCCUGCUCGCAACGCAGAUGAUAAAGGCCGCCUUCCCCGGCAGCUAUUUGGGGAGAUCCCUAAGCAGCCACUGCUUCCUCCCCCGGGACCUGUUGCCCAAGGUAAUCGUGAACCCUACCGAUCACCGAGUCCCGUUCGGAUCGGAGGGAAAAAGAACGUGUUAUUCUCCGAGAGGCCACAUACCCGUAAGGGGUCCACAGGCGCGUUGCACUCGCGUAAAGCAUCUCUCACCCAUAUUGCCCAGCGUGAUGGCCGCUUGAGAAAGGCUAGCGAUGUUGCCCGCGAGGAGCAAGAGAAGCAAGCACGCGCACAUGCAGCAGCUCAACUUCAGGAAGAUGAUGUCCUAUCUUUGUCAGACGACGACGAGGAUGAUAGACUCCGCGAUGAACUGGCUCAGCCCGUUGAGCCUGUUGAUACGCUGGAUCCAUUCUUGCCCCACCAAAACUACAUGGGCGAGACUGCGAAGCCAGGUAUUGCCGGCCAGGUCGAACGACUCUGUCGUGACAUCAACUCUAUGGUAGAUACAUUGGGAAUAAAUGCCAGGUCAAUGGCGGGAUUCCUUCUGCACCAGCAACCCAAGAAACCCUCUGAUAUUGAUGAUUGGGUGAUGGUCCUCAACAGCGACCAACCCGCUGAGAUUCUCGACAAGAAGAUGACCUUGAAGGACAUUGAGAGCUUUGAAGAGCUGAUUGCUUCAAUUGCGCAAUCAUUGGAAAACCAGCGGGUGCAAGGAGUGGAUGAAAAGCUCGAUGCAUGCCGUGACCUGCUCACAAAGCAGGUUGUCACCCUGCGAGGCCAGUUCGCAAGCAUCCGCAAGACUCUUGACGCACACACCGACGUCGGUGCUAUUCUCGAAGCACCCCUUUCUGCCGAGCAAGGUGCACUCCAGCAUGAUCUACGAACCACAUUCACGAACAUCCAGGUCAAUAUGGCCGCCCUUGAACAGGCAGUCUCCCUCCUGCGUGCCAAAAUCGCCGAUGUUCCGCAGGCAAAUGGUACAGGCAGGAACCGACCAACCGUCGAGGCUGUCACCAAGACCAUUGCUACAAUGAUGAGCAUGGCCGAGGGAAAGAGUACAGACAUUGAUGUUCUCGAGGCACAGAUGCGCAAGCUCGGCGUGGACAUUGCUCCCACAGGACCCCCAAGCCGCGAGGCCUCCCCCUUCUCUACUCCUCGCAAGAAUGUUGCUGGUCGUAUUCCCAUGACUCCUGGGUCGCGAGGCUCGAUUGACGGUAGCGCCUAUCACACUCCCGAUUCCGUCUCACGCGGUCUCAACUUUCGGGCCAGCAUCAAUGGCUCAGUGAGACAGAGCCGUCUCCGUAGCGUGGAGGGUGCUGGCGAGCCUGCCCUCCCGCAAGAAGAUGCCGUCCAAUACAAGGCUAAGAAGUCGCGUCGCCAACACUUGAAUGGCAACUUGAAGAAGGCCUUUGAGGACAAGCAGGUCAAGGUGCGCGGCGUUGAUGACUGGUAG